AUGAGCGACAUGAGUAUCGUGGUAGCUCAAUGUUCAGCCGAAUUUGAUGAACAAGACCUGCGGUUCGAGUGGUCAUGUGGCCAAGCUGCUCCAGGCAUGAUACUCGUAGAUCUAGUCGGUGGAAAUUCUACGGCUCAAGGAAUGCCUUCCAUUCUGAGCAGACAGCCGCGCAGGAGCCGGAACCCUUCUGGCGUGAGACUUCCUUCAGUAUUUGUAGCCGAAGCUCGGGCGGCAACAAAGCCCAAGAAGAACCUGACAUGGUGGGUUUUCAUCACCAACAUCGCUCUAAACCCCCUAUACGAGGCUCAGAAGGACGAGGCUUAG